AUGGGACAACCGCUUCAUGAUCCUGCUGUGCAAAGCCAGUUUGGUGCCGCCCGCAUGUACAAUCUGGCUACCCUGAACGCCAAUAUUCUGGGUGCGUCGGCCGCAUUGACGAAGGGACUUGUUCCCCUCACUCAAUCGUCAUCUGCGUCGGAACCAUUGCCUGGAAUAUCUCCGGACUCUUCCAAGAGCUCCCAGCCAGAUGUGAAGGCAAGUGUCACUGCCUCGCUCGCAAAUGUCGCCCGCCGUGCCUCGAUCGGGAAAUUGGAAAACCCACAUCAUAGUGGCCCGAUGACGCCGAUAGACCCGCCUUCGCCAGCAUCCUUGCACUCAACUCCCCACUCGCCAAUGGACUGGUUAUCUUCCUUUGGACACCAUGGUGUCAUCAAUUCACCUGCAGAGCUUGAGGCUAUUGCGAGUGCCAUCGCUGCAUCCAUUUGCGGGCAGUCUCCGGCCGAGAGUCUCGCUUCAGAGGUAUCCCUUACUGCUGCUGUCGAAUUCCUCAAGAAACGCAAGGGCAUCACUUCCCUUUCCCGCCGCGCAAGCCUGCAUCGGAAUGGUGGCCCAAACAUUGGUACGAAUUUCAAGGCUCAUUGGCCUAUUGGGCCUGUUCGCAAAACUCACACCGCUAGCAGCGGACGACGCGUACAAGGCGGCCGUCGCCGCACUGAAAAGCCGAAGAGACGCAAGCCCAAGCCUUGCGACAAGUCUACAGAAAACAUUACCCGUGCACCCUGUGAGCAGGAGCAAGUCAACGCGAGUACUAAGCGACGAGAUAGGCGGGAAAAAUUGCAGCAGCGACAAAGCGAGGCAACUUCUUGCGGUCAUUACCCCGCUAGGACUCGGAUUCCCCUCGGGCAGUGCGGCGCUGCCCAUCGUUGA